AUGCCCGGCUAUACGGCACGCGCAUGGCUCGUUCUACCCCUCGGCAGACACCCCGCUCGCUUUCAACGCACGCCCCUCCUCUUACAUAGCCCGAACCACGAAGCUCAAUCAGCCAAGUCGCAAAGAAGCAACACAGAUGACGGAGACAAGCAGGAGAGAAGCAAGUUUGCGCGGAGUGUGCUUGAAGGAAGCACGGUAGCUUUAAUAUCACUCUUCGGGCUAGGCCUCGGCGGCUAUGCCUACAGCCUAUUUUACAAAAGAACUGUUGCGAAGAAGAUUGAGAAUGCCUUUGCGACAGGAUAUAGCUCGCAAGAGCGUGUUGUGUUGGGUCGCAUCUCGUACGGCACGGAGCCCGAAAAGAUUCAAGAGAUUGUAGAGAGGGAAUACUGGGUUCCACGGGCGGAACAAGAAGACAUCGAUAAUGUCGUCAGCGGAAAAGCUAGGGGAAGAUACUACCUGGUCAUCGGCGAGCGAGGUACCGGCAAGCGAGCGCUGCUGCUCGAGGCCAUGCGGAAGGUCAACGGCGACGGCAUUGCUAUGCUGGAAGCCCACAACGAUCUCGAGGUCUUUCGAACCCGGCUCGGCAAGGCAAUCGACUACGAAUUUCAUGAAGACUACAUCGGUGGACUGUUCAGUAUCCGCGGACCAAGAGACAGCUCGCCUCUACUAGACAUUGAGAGGGCACUCAAUCAGAUGGAAAAGGUAGCCUUGUCGCUGAGGAAACGACGCGGCAAACCUCUCCUCAUGAUCAUCAACAACAUACACUUGUUCAAAGACGAUGAAGCCGGAAAACAUCUUCUGGAGAUACUCCAGCAGCGCGCCGAAAUAUGGGCGGGCAACGAACUUGUUACAACCGUAUUCACCUCUGACGAAUUCUGGACCCUAGAGCGCCUGACACCACACGCAACUAACAUGAACGUCAUCAGCGUCAGAGACGUGCGGAAGAACGUCGUUACAACAGCACUAAAACAGUACCGAGCCCGCUACCACAACGAAGACGUCCCGCAAAGUGUCCUAGACCAAGUCUUCGCCAAGGUCGGUGGCCGCCUCAUCUUCCUAAACCAAGUCGCCAAGUCAAGAGAUAUGCUUGAAACCUGCAAGCAAAUCAAUCGGAGAGAGAAGAUGUGGUUUCUGAACAAUUGUUGGAUCCUGGGUGACUCCAUGGAUGACGACGUCGAGGAACAACAAAAGUAUUGCGCCGCCGCCAUCGUUCUAGCCCGCGCCCUCGUCCUCCGCGAACAAGACACAUCGACAUCUGAUCCAGAUCAAUUCUGCCUUCCUCAGAUCCCGCUACACGAGGCUCGUCAAAUCAUCACGCGCGCGGAUUUCGUGCACCCCUUUGACCAUAUCAAUGUUAUUCAUAUCGAUGCGCAUGGUAUGGUGAGAGCGGAUUCCGUACCCAUGCAGAAUGCCUUCAGGGAAGUCGUUCAACAGCAGGGCUUUGAGGAACAUUUGAAAGCGACGCUGAAUAGGCUGGAUGAGUUGGAGAGUCUGGCGAGGACGAGGGAGGUUGCAAUGAGGGAUCCGCCGGAUAGGAGUGGGGGGAUUGUGCCGGUGCAGACGUAUUGUGCUAAGCUCUAA